UGGAUGACUGCUGUGGCAGGGAGGACAGAGACAGAAACUGAAAGAGCCACAAAGAUAGAUUAAAUGUGGAUAUAGAAAGUGAAAAUCAGAGACAAGGUGAGAUUGUGUCAACAAGGACUUACAGAGACAGUUUGACUGAUUGAAAUGGAAUCGAAGAGACUGAGACAAACUUGGGAUUAUCAGUAACGGAUCAUCAGAAGUGGAGUUUCUCAAACAUGGACUAGUCUGGUAGUCUGUACAUACAUACGCACACACACAUAUACACACACCGUCUACACACACAUUUAGUUUCCUUUAGUGAGCUGUCUUGGCAGUGGACAGGUGUCAGUAUGCAGGAGUCUCCAGGUGCCAUGGGUGUAGAUGGCAGCUAUGCCAGCAAUGUUCCAGCCUUUCUCACCAAGUUGUGGACCCUGGUGGAGGAUCCAGAUACCAACCACCUCAUCUGCUGGAGUGCUACUGGGACUAGUUUCCAUGUGUUUGACCAGGGACGCUUUGCCAAGGAAGUUCUGCCAAAGUACUUUAAACACAACAAUAUGGCGAGCUUCGUUCGACAGCUCAACAUGUAUGGUUUCCGUAAGGUGGUGAACAUUGAGCAGAGUGGUCUGGUGAAGCCUGAGAGAGACGAUACAGAGUUCCAACAUCUAUACUUCCUCCAAGGACACGAGCACAUGCUGGAACACAUCAAGAGGAAGGUAUCCAUAGUGAAGAGUGAAGAGACCAAAGUUCGUCAGGAGGACCUCAGUAAACUGCUGUAUGAAGUUCAGCUUCUCAGAACACAACAGGACAACAUGGAGUGUCAGAUGCAGGAUAUGAAACAGCAGAAUGAAGUGUUGUGGAGAGAGGUGGUCUCACUGAGACAGAACCACACACAGCAACAGAAAGUCAUGAACAAGCUGAUUCAGUUUCUGUUCAGCCAGAUGCAGUCCAACACACCCAGCACUGUGGGUCUAAAGAGAAAGCUACCCCUGAUGUUGGAUGAUGGCUCUCCCAGCCCUCCUGCCUCCAAGUUCAGCCACAGUCACCCAAUGGAGCCCAUGCAUGAGCCCUUCUACAUCCAGUCGCCAUCCAGUGAUACUGCUUCUUGCUCUGCCAGUGGGCUGACAGGAGGACCAGUCAUAUCUGAUGUUACUGACAUGUCUCAGGCCACCAUGACCCUCCAGAUGCAGCCUGAAGAGACCAGGGAGAAGUGCAUGAUGCUCAUCAAAGAGGAGCCUGUGAGUCCAGGAGUGAGAGGAGGAGGGAAAGGAGGCAGUAUAGGGGGAGGAGAGGCCGUAGCGUUGACCUCCUCCUGUGAGGUGUGCUCCUCAGAACCUCCUGUCCUCCCCGUCGCAAUGGUCCAGUCUGUUCUGGAGGGGAGGGGCUCUGUGGCCUCUAUGGUGGAGAGGAGGAGUAAGAGACCUGCCUUGGACAGAGUGGAGGUUUCAGAUGCAGUGGAGAAUGUGGAUAUGAGCCUGGAGGAGCUGCAGCAGCUGUUGCUCAGGAGCCAUCAGCAGAGUACUGUGGAAGCUGGGACCAGCGGUGUUAUGGAUCCCUUCAGUUUAAGCCUGCCUCUGACUGAGUGGAACUUCACAGAGAUGGAGUCCAACCUCAAAUCAUACAUGUUCCAGAACCAGGAAGCAGAGGCCUUUCCAGCUGCUGGCUGUGAGGAACACUGAUCAAUCUGUGCUAUGGACUGUCCUUUCUGAAGUGGAAGGCCACAGAAGCUGCUGUUCCCCUCAUUAUUCCACUCUUCAUGAUCCCACGGCCCUGCCAGGCUGUUUCUUACACAUGGCUUUAUUCACAUUCACGCACCUACAAAAUGCAGCAAUGAAAAGGCCUGUAUCCUUAUAUUUCCUGGUCAGCUGACAUUGCCAGUGGACCUGUGAGCUACCAGCUCUGUGGGCAUGACCGCUGCGUGCAUGAGGAAAGACGCUGGUCUAAGAUUUUCAUAAAUACCCAAACAAACAAGUGUGUUAUGACAUAAUCAUAUCUAGACUCCAAUAUUAAGCCAGCUGGAUGCAGACAGUGCAUUCUUGGCUCCAGCACUUUAGUCUUUGUGUGAAAGGGAGUUCCUGCUUGUGGACGUGACUUUUUCUUCCUACUGUAUAAAGAAUCCAUUACGGAUGUACAAGUGAAUAUUUUUAUCAUUUUAUCCUUAUUACAAAAAUACUGUAUUUGUAUCCAAGAGAAAACUUUGACAAAAAAGUCGCUGUGAAAAACCAUCUUGGGGGCCAAUGUAGCAUACUUUAUAUUACAAGUUAUGUGAUUAUUUUCAGUCUGUGAAAGGGUGUAGAAAAUUUAAGGGCUCCUCAUAUUCUUCAUGCAUUUCAAAUCAUGAUAAAUGUGUUGAGAUAGAUCAGAGGUGAGUUAGCCUUCCAUGAUAUGAAAGGUUUUUUUAGCAAAAAUAUGGAUUCAAGCCACUCUAAAAUCCAUUAAGAAACCUUUUGUUUUUUGAAGCAUAUCAUGAUAGGAGGUUUUACACACUUAAGCACCCAUCUAAUGUAUCUUUGCACAGGCCUGACAUAUAGCCAGAGACUUAGAGUUACUUCUCUUCUGUCCAUUUAAAUGUGAAGUUUAAAGGAAUUAUUAAAAGAUAGACUUCUCAUUUGACAAAACCAUGAACACCACUGCAUUUUUGCACAAUCUGUAUCACUAGUUAUAUAUAGUUAUGACAACAGGUCAUUUAUUUUCUGUUUGUAGAUGACCAACACUUUGUUGCUCUACACAUGCAUGUCUAAAAGAGAUACUGGCCUCAAUAACAGGGUUUUCCAAAACUCGAAAGCAAAAUGUGGUCUUGGAGACACAAGGUCUCUGAAUGUUACUACUGUUUUCAUUUGGAAACAAAGGCCACACGUUGAGACUUGAGUGUGCAUAGAACGUAGAAACCCUGAUAAACAGUCAAGACAGUGGGAUGCUGCUUUUCAUACUUUGUACAAAAAAAAGAACAAAAAAAAAGAAUAAUCAACUGUCCAGGAGCCAGUCUUUAAAAAGAUUUCAUUAUGGUUGACUGCAUUUCAUUAAAUGUAUGGUGGGGUGGUUACUUGAGAAUUUAAUCUGUAAUAGAACCAUGAAAACCUGCUUGAAAAAUUCUCUGGAUUACUAGAAAUCAUCAAUAACUCUAACUGAUUAUGCCAUUUGAUGUAAAAUAAUAGCACUGGUUGCAGGCAACAGUUUAAAGGUUAACUUAGUGCUAAAUAUUCUUCUGGGAAACUUCCUAGAGAUUAGUUGAAUCGUGCAAUACUGUACAUAACUGUGAGAACUCACAAAAUUGCAAUACAUGGAUGACCAUAGGAAUGUAGGAAACAGCAACUGUGAGUGGUGGACUGGAACACACCAUAGUAAGAUGCACUGCAGAAGGACUAUGUUGGCCUGUGAGUCUAAAAGCCCGGCUAUCUUUUUACACUGAGGCGGUCAAAAGCCUCAACUUAGCCUACGGCGAGGCUACGGCAGCUGCGUAACUCUGUAGCUACACCGUAACCCCUUAACACAGAACAGCUUUAGUAUUGUUUUUUUGCACGGAAUAGAUGUGCAUUUUGUUCCCUAAAAGAAAUAAAUCUGAAAGCUCUGCUAGCUCUUCACCCCGAGUCAGACCAAAAGGAUUUGAACCAACUGAACAACCAGCCGACCAGCAACUCCAUCGUCAGAGCUACAAGCUGCUGCUAGCAAGGUUAGAAAUCAGGGCAGCGAUUUGCAUUAGCUUUUUGAAAAGGGCUAAGAAUUGUAUUUUCUCGAUGAUGUACUUUUGAAUCUUUUGUGUACUACUACUUAUUAUGACUCCAAUUAUACUUUCUCACUAUCUAUAUUAUAACUACUGAAUUCAUAAUGCUGUAACUUUGCAUCUAGAUUUGGUACAGUGUGAUUCUGCAAAAGUUGGAAAAGAAAGUCUUCUGACAGACAUGAUUACAGUUGAGGUUUUUAUGUCUGCAUUAAGAGAUGUAAAAAGUGAAAUACGCUAAGACUAGCUCGAAGAACUGAAAGAAUGUGUUCAUAUUGUGUAGAUUUACCUAAACAUUAUAUUAAAUUAGCCUACUUAAAAAACUAACGCAAACUGCCCCCUGCAGGUUAACAUUUUUAUGACAGACCUUCCUUCUCAGUGCAUUCGUCGGGAGAAGGGAGAAAAAGCAAGCUGUGGUGUAUAACAAGUGAAAUUGCACUAAAAAUCACAGUUGUAUGAUAUUUGAGAGUAUACGGUACAUUUUAGACAUAGCAUUUAUUCUUGUUCCUCAUGAUAAUAUGAGUGUUAAUGAUUUUUUUUUCAAGGAGUGAUGAACAUACAUUCAGUUGCUGUUGUGUUUCUAAUUUAUUCUGUUUUUCAUUUUAAUCAUUUGCACUGGAAAUGAACGGAUGUGUGUUCAAAUGACAUUUAUGCUUGUCAGGAUUGCAAAUAGAUAAGGAAGUAUUUUUGUUAACUGAGUGAAAAGACCUCUGCUGUAACAAAGCCUGGCAUCCCAAAAGCACUUCUGCAUUAUAUACAGACAACAAUACAUCAGCAAAUACAUAUAACAUAUAUUAACAAAAAAUCAGCAAACAACAAAGUACACCCGCUGUCACUAAAGACACAGGCAAUCUUAGUGCUUAGAUGCUUUUGAAAGUGGGCCACAACCUUCUAAAAAUGUGAAUUGUUUUAAAUGGUUUUUUGCAAAGACUAAAGUGUAUUGUUACAGAGAGUCAAAGAAACUGACCAUGUAUUCCACCUUUGUAUGAAAUAUUUAAGUUGUUAAAACAAAUAAAAGUGAAAGAAAGCAGA